CAGAAAUGAUUGUAGGAUAAUCCUCUUGGCCGCCAGAGAUGAGACGAUCGACAAGAUGUCUAUCAAAAUCUAAAAUGGGACUUUAUAUGGAGAAGUUGGGUAGCUUUAUGAAUUAGAUCAUUAAGUGGUCAGUUCUUGGACGGUGUGAGAGUUCGUGUAUUCAUGGAGUUUGUGAAGAGCGAAAAGGGCAAGAAUCCUCUUGUUUUUUAGGGCUAUCUGCGCACACAAAACAAGAUGAGCAAGGACGGACGAAGAACGUAUUAGGAGUGCCUCUAUAGAAGAUACAAAGGAAACUGCAAUUUCAGAGCUACAACUGAAGGAGAGCAGGUUGUCAGCAGGCGAGGGCAACAUCAUCAAGCUCCAGAACCUGGGAAAUUACAAGCCCACAAGAUGAUCGUAAGCAUCGUGAAUGAUGCCAAGAGCACGCAACAGAAGACAGGACAGAUUCUACAGGCGAACUUGAUGGGACUGAAUACUGGGGCCCAAGUAGCCCUUCCAGAUGCAAAUUUACUCGCACGACAGGUGCGCCGUCAUCGGGAGGAGAACGUGCCCACUGAUCUGAACGUGCCCACAAGAGCUCAGAUUGUGAUUCCGACGCGUACGAAAACACCAUCUCUGCAGCGCCACAACGCUUCCUAUUAUUGGUACAUGGAUGCCACUUUCAAGACGACUCCAAAGCAAUACAUGCUGAUGUAUAGCAUCCACGGGCGUUUUUAUGGAGAAAUCAUCCCACUUAUAUACACUCUUCUACCAGGGAAAGAUGAGCGACUGUACACUAGGAAGCUGGAGCAACUUCGUCUUCAGCAUGGAAUUGCUGCACCCCAGAGUGUCACAACUAAUUUUGAGAAGGCUCCUCAGAAUGCCCUGGAGCGCGUGUUUCCAGAUCUCUCCCCACUCUCGCACAGAGUACAAUGGCUCUAUCUUCAGGUGACAACUGCGUAUGUCGCCGUUCCCCACCUCAGACGACACGAGGCUGCAACCGACGUCGUCAUCGACCCGAAGACUAAUGAGAGUCCGGACCUGUGCGAGACAAUUCGAUCCCUUGAAGUAGCCUCACGUCGGACACCAGAGAGUCACCCGAUCGAGAAACACGGAGCUGUCAAAAGGAGGUUCGUCGCGGAUUCUGAAUCGCCUAACGUCCAGAGACCAGGAGGAUUCUCCCGCCGGCCUAGCACGCACAUCGUCGUGGAGGCCGGAAGUGGACGGUGUCGCGGUCGUCUAGCCGAAAAGGAGCCGGCGAUCCCCCGAGUUGCGAUCGCUCGACGGUCGACCGUCGGGAAGAGACGACUGGAUCGACAUCUUGGCUCGGUCGGCUGCUUGCGUCAGAUUCCACCGCCACGCCGGGAGGACGCGAAGGAACGGAGCCGGCAGAAAGCCACGCCGUGCGCGCGUGAUCUGCGGCUGGAGACCGUGUGCCCCGCGAGUGGCUGCGCCCCCGGCCUCCGGCUGACAGAAGGAUUGGAGACCCCUUUUCACCCGCUCGGCUUUCACCGCUGGUGCCGUUAG